AUGGAGGAAAAGACUUAUGUCAGCCGGCAAAGGAGAGUGACAGAUGAAGAUGGAGAGAUAACUGUGUUCAACUGUGGGAUUCUGAAGUUCUUAUACAAGUACAGUAGGGUGUUAGGGUUAUCAUGCACAUUUCAUAUUCUUGUUUCUAAAAUUACAUAUACCUUUUUAUACUUAACAUCAGUUGGAAUAGUCAAGUGUAGAAUACCUAAAAAAGCAAACUUCUUGGCGAGAAUAAUUAAUUCCGUUUUAAUGUCUGUAGGGAUUUAUUUUACUUUUAGAAUGUUUCUAAAAAUGGUUAACCUAGAGGUGCCUUUAUUGGGUGUCUUAGUUCCUGCUCUGGGUUUGUUGUUUGGGUACUCCUUUUCUAAAAUUUCUUUGCUGCCUCUUCCUGUUUGUAAACUUGCUGCUAUCAACAGUGGGAUGCUAGUUUCUUAGCCCUUGCCAUUAUUCAGCUCUUUUUCACAGUCCAAGACCGACUUAGCUUCUGUGACUCAUUUUACAGUGGUUAUGCAUUCUGGAUGUGAAAUGUUACUGUCUCUUUUCUACAAGGCUAAGGAAAGAUGUAUCCUUAUCAUAGAAGAUAAAAGGAAAAAGAAAUCCCGAACAAUUAAAGCACUAUGGAAUUCUUACUCUGAAUGAGGUACUGUGGGAGAUUCAAAGUAUACCUAAAAUGAUGCCAGUU